GGGGACACUGGCAGUAGAACAGCUCAUCCAACAUGAUGGCUGUCUUGGCUUCUUCAGGGGUGUGGCUCCUUGUCAUGAUGACUGGUGCAAUCAAUGGCUACCGCACAAUGAAAGCUUUGGAUCCUUAUAGUGGUUAUAAUGUGGACUCUUCCUCUGGUACUGGUGGAGAAGUACCUCUGAUGGGGCCUGUAAAAGCAGGCUCUGGUUCUUCAGCUGUGUAUCCAGUUUACCAGUCUGCUCCACAUGAACAACCUGAAUACAUCCAAUGGCGCGCGCCGAUGAGAAAAGCGCCUGAUCCUUAUGGUUCCAUGUAUACUGCGCCUGCAUACUCCCAGUAUGACGGCAGCUCUCCGUUAGGCUCAACGCAAUCAAGACCUCCAGUUCCCCCGAUGCAAGUACAACCACCAGGCCCUUUCUUUCAUGGAGCAUCAUCUAAUGAUCCAAGGUUUGCCUCCAAUCCUAAGCCACCUGGUCUUCAUAAUGAGAGCCCACCUGGCCCAUUUCUUCCUGUAUUUCAACCAGGUGACUUCUCCUACGAGGAGAAAACUUAUGAACACGGAAACUACGACACUGACUCUGAAGAGCAAGGUCCUCCUUCCCAGUACCUCCCUGUCCCAACUCUCAACAGGCUCCCUAUCAGCAGCCCACUGGCGUUGCAUGCACUUUUGGAUAGAUUUCGGCUUGGUUAUCCUUUUAUGGAUUACAUGUUGCUGACCAGACCGUAUCCCACAGGCACAUACACACUUUCCACCGAUAACUUUGAACAUGGGAGGAACCAGUGGCAUAACUCUUUUGGGGCUCCUGGUGGCCCCAUUAAGCAAUUGGACCCCUUUCAUGACUCCAGGAGAUUAAAGUAUUUUAGACGACCUGUACUACAGACUAUUGGAAAUACUGAUGUAACUGGAUUCUCCAGUCCUACAGAGGAGCUGGUCUGAAUCUUCUGCGUGGGCAGCUUCUGAUCAUGUGA